GGAAGUGACGCCGGCGCCGGAUGAUGACGCGUUACAGCCGCGUCGCUCGUUCCGGCAGGAAGCGGGGAGAUGGCGAACCGCACGGUGAAGGAUGCUCACAGUGUACACGGCACCAACCCGCAGUAUCUGGUGGAGAAAAUCAUUCGCACCCGCAUCUAUGAGUCCAAGUACUGGAAGGAGGAGUGCUUCGGCCUGACCGCCGAGCUGGUUGUUGAUAAGGCCAUGGAGCUGAAAUUUAUUGGGGGUGUUUAUGGAGGAAAUAUAAAGCCCACUCCUUUCUUGUGUCUGGCACUGAAAAUGCUGCAGAUUCAGCCGGAGAAAGACAUCAUUGUGGAGUUUAUAAAGAAUGAAGACUUCAAGUAUGUCCGUGCGCUGGGAGCUUUGUACAUGCGUCUGACCGGCACCGCCAGUGACUGCUACAAGUACCUGGAGCCCCUCUAUAAUGAUUAUCGGAAAAUCAAAACUCAGAACAGGAAUGGAGAUUUUGAACUGAUGCAUGUGGAUGAGUUCAUAGAUGAGCUGCUUCAUAGCGAACGUAUCUGUGACGUUAUAUUACCACGGUUACAGAAACGUUAUGUGCUGGAGGAGACUGAGCAGCUGGACCCUCGUGUUAGUGCUCUAGAAGAGGACAUGGAUGAUGUAGAAUCCAGUGAGGAAGAGGAGGAUGAUGAUGAAAAGGGCAGAGAACCUUCUCCUGAUCAUCAUAGGCGCAGUUAUCGUGACCUAGACAGACCGCGCAGGUCUCCUUCACCUCGCUAUCGGAGAAGCCGCAGCCGCUCACCAAGAAGACGCAGCCGUUCCCCCAAGAGAAGGAGUCCUUCUCCUCCUCGCCGAGAGAGACACAGGAGUAAAAGUCCAAGAAGACACCGCAGCCGAUCUAGGGAAAGACGCCAUCGAUCCAAAUCUAAAUCUCCAGGUCAUCAUCGCAGUCACAGACACAGAAGCCAUUCCAAGUCUCCAGAGAGGUCAAAGAAGAGUCACAAAAAGAGCCGGCGUGGAAAUGAGUGACCGGCGCAGAUGCUGUCGCUAUCGUCAGAACGUUGUGUAUAUAAUGGCUGCUCCCAUAUUUUAUCAUUGCAGAUUCUGUUCAUAUUUCAUGUCCACUUGUCAUUUGUUCUGUUCACUCAUUUUUAAUAAAAUAAUAACUGACUUGUU